GUGUUACACAAGUGCACGUACACACACACACAUACGCACACACAUACGCACACAUUCAUCUCACAGAGUCCAUUAAGAAGCCAGGCAGAAGAAAAAGAGCUACACAGCGACAGAUCGCACAGGAGGAGUUAGAGAAGGUAGGCUGAAACUUUUACCUCAUUAUAAACUGGAAAUAAUUGAAAAUAUCUGCACUUGGAAAUUAAUUGUUGUUGUUGUAAAUACAAGGUCAUUGAUGCUCCUCAGCAGAGUGGCUCCUAAGUAAUGAUAUAUUUUUUUUAAAUCUAUUUAUAACUGUUUUUAUAAAGGUUAAAGGCUUAAAAACUUAAAAGAGAGCAACAAAAAUUAACAUGAUUUGAUGGAUCUCUUUAACAGAUAUAAUUCAAAACUGCAUUUAAAGCUGAAAAAGCAACAUGAUUUUAUAUAGUUCACAUUGACAUUUGUUGUAACAGACUGUGAGCCAUCAUAUCAGGGGGUAUUUUCAUUAAAUUGAUUUACAAGUGUUCCUAAAACAUUAUCCUGUCUCAGUGCAGUAGGUAAACAGGUCACCUGUCCUGGACUCUCUGUGCCGCCUGGCCCAGAUCCAAUUAAUCCCGCUGACCGACCUGCCAUGACUUCAUUAACAGGCAUUCUUAACAUUAACCUCAGGGCUCCUGGCUGUCUAACGCGUCUUCAGUUAGGACUAAGACAUGUUAAAGUAUUUUAAUACAAAGUAUAACUUCUUAACCAUUAACUAAUUAAUUGUGAAAAUUCAAACCACAUGAGCAAAAGUCUGCUCCUCACAGUCUGUGUGCAUGUUGGGAUGUUUCCUCCUGACAGUGUUGCGGUCAAAAGGGAAGCUCAGAUCAAAGGAUUAGUCUUACUUCUCAUUAGACCGCUAACGGGACAGAUGGCAAGCUGGACCAACACCGUAGAUAGAUAGUAAGAGUUUCAAAUCAUUGAUAAAAAAAGGAGGCUGGGACUGAAAAUCUCAACCUGUCCAAACUUUCCUAACUUCGAAACCUCACAAAAGCGUCUUUGCUGCAGUAUUUUUAAUGCUUGAUGAUCUCCAGGACAAAAGAUCAGAUUUUAAUCUGUUCUUGGCACAAACCUGAGCUCAUUCUGUCACUGUCUCUCCCGCUGCCUUCUGUCUGUCUGUCUGUCGAUCCGUCUGUCUGUCUGUCUGUCUCAAAGCAAUGUCAGGACCGAGGCCUGUGGUGCUAAGCGGCCCCUCCGGAGCAGGGAAGAGCACUCUGAUGAAGAGGCUGAUGAAGGAGCACGAGGGCGUGUUUGGAUUCAGUGUGUCACGUACGUCCCUGUGCCAGCUGGUUAUUGGCUUCAAUUACAAUAACAUCCUGUCUGUGGGAGAAGUAGGACAAAAAAAAGUCACACAGUGUCUCAGCCCCAUGGUCUAAUUCUACACCAGCUGAGAGCAGAAAUAGUUUUCUUUCAUUGCAUAACUUUAAAUGUUUAUAACCUUUAUGUUUAUUACCUUAUUUCACGGUGAAGUCUUCUUUUCCCAGACACAACAAGGAACCCUCGGCCAGGAGAGGAAGAUGGCAAAGGUACAGUAUUUCUAGAUUUGUUGGUAACACUUUUCAGCCCCAACACAUUGAUUCAACACGCAGGAGCCCUGGACUUGGAUUGAAUUCUUUUACACCUCUUUCCUUUUUUUGUUUGUUUCUAAGCCAAAUUCCCACGCCUCUACCCUACCUGCAUGCUCUAAAAAAAUAACACCAACAACACUUCUUACUCCCAAGUGACCAGCACAAAUGGUUUUGUCCCCCCUGUGUAGUUCCCCUGGUCUGAAGGGAUAAACCUCUCUCUGUGCCUUUUUUGCUUUUCUCCAUAGGGCUGAACAAGCUCCCCUUGCUUCUGGGGGCUACUUUACUACCCGUAGCAGACGUCUUAUCCUCUGAAGACUUAGAAAUGUCAAGCUCAUUUUCGUGUCCAAAUGAAUCAGAAACCACAGAUAAAGGUGACCCUACUUUAGUUUCUUAAGGCAGAGGGAUGGGGGUUACUUUCAUCUUCCUGGUAUGCUCUCAUUGGAUUUAUAGAAACUAUUCGCAUGAUAACCAAAAACAAACAAAAACAAUAAAAGAAAAUUUUAAAGAAAAGAUGUAAGGAAUCAGGAUCAGACAGUCUGCACUUUGGAGUAAAAAGCUUUUGAAAAUAGCCCCCUGUGAUGCCUCGGUAGUGACCCCCUCUAUUUCCAGUCCUGCAAAGUUUUAUGUCCAAAAAAACAAAAACCUGUCCCGUUUCCUCUGUAGCUAAUAGAGCCUAAUGAUUUGUGGCCAACCAUUAGCAUCGCUGGAGAAAGAAAAAAUAAAGUUUCUACACACUGCCUCCAUGAGUAAAAAUUCUGGAAAAAUACUCUGACAGACAGUCCUUCAUUUGUGAGCAGCUGAAAAAAAAGCUGUUCAUAUUUUUGGGUGUUUUAUUUAUUUAUAUAUUUAUUUAUUUCGGACAAUGAAUAGCAUGUUAUUAAUCUCACACAUGCCUCAUUGAUGAAGUAAAACAACAGUACAUUUGCUCACCAUAGGCCAGAAUCAGCUUUCUUUCUUUUCUCUGCUGUUUUUCAGAGUGCUGUUUAAAGCGUCCCGGCUUUUUAUUUUUUAUUUUUUUAGGCUUAUUAUCGAUUUGUUUACAGCUCAGCCACUUCCUAUCCAGCUUUUCUCUUCAGAUUGUUACUCCAGUCUGAGCCGACUCCUUCAUGUUGUCAUGCUAAUGAUUGUGUGCAAUCGCAGUGGCCAUUAGCGGUGGUGGUGGUGGUUCUAGUAACGUGUUUGUCUCUAAAACUCGGCUGCUUUAGAUCCACAGAGGUUUUGAUGUUGUGUCAAAAUAAUGUGUACUGUGACAGUUACACUAAUGAUAUCAUUAGAAAGUAGCUGACAAAAAAAAACAUGUUUCUCAUCUUUGCCUCUUCUAUGUGAACCACUGCAUACUUGUCUGUUCUUUUUGACAAAUUUCACACACAGUUACAAAUUUAGCUCAGAGGACAUUGUAGACUUUUACACACAACAUUUGCCAAGCAGAAUAUCAUUUAGCAUUAUCCAUUUGACCUGUGCUGAAUGCUAUUUUACUGCUUACUGUGUUAAGAACUCUUGUGAGCAGCUCCUUUGAUUUGAUCUGAUUUUAUUUAGCUGUGCACGUUUCCAAAGACAGCGCAGGGCUCAUUAUAAAAAAUUGCAUCUUGCAGACUAUCACUUCACAACGAGAGAGGCGAUGCUGGAGGGAAUUGAAAACGGAGACUUCAUAGAAAACGCAGAGUUUUCUGGAAACCUGUACGGAACAAGGUAAAUAAUCAAACUCUUGUAGUAACUGCGCCAUAAUUUUUAUUACAUUUUCAUUUUAAACUGAUUUGUUUCUUUAAAAAAAAAUCUAAAAACUUUGGGAGUGUUUCUGCUUUUGUCAGUCUAAAUACUGUAUCACAGAUCUAUUAACGUCGUUGAAUAGAAAUGAAGCCUCGGGCCUCAUCAAAAGAAGUACCCUCAGGAUAAGCCACAAAGAGCUAUAAAAUUCAGGUCACAGAUGGAGCUUUGAUCGCAUUACGUCAAAAAGAACAGCACUGUGGCUCAGCACCUCGAGUGUUACAUGUAAUCUCUUCCUCUUUUUCUGAGAUAACACACACUCACCCAAGACUGAGGACUGAGCAGCUGGGAUCAAUGCAAAAAUCCUCUUAACUUACUUGCUACCUAUACCACUACAUAUGUACACUCUAAGUACCUGAUUGAACGUCGGACCUGAUCCUUUUUGCUUUAACAUACUUGUGUUUUAAUCUUAAAAUGUAACUUUUCAUGGAUUCUCUAGUAAAGCCGCCAUAGAAGACGUUCAGGCCCAGAACCUAAUCUGCAUCUUGGACGUGGACAUCCAGGGUGUGAGGAGGAUUAAAGAGACCGACCUGAACCCCAUCUACAUCUCCAUCCAGCCUCCCUCCAUGGAGAUCCUGGUAACUAUCUAACCAACAGUAUUGCAAAUUCAUAAAGUUUGUAAUAGUUUGAGAUGAUCCAACAUAAACUUACAAAAGCGUGUGCUUCUCUGGGAUUUGUCUUGGAAACUUUAGACAUGACUGUGUUUUCUAACUCUGUAAAGCAGCUCUAGUUUCAAUCAUGUUCACUUGUUUUUUGUUUCUUCUCUCAGGAAAAGCGUCUGAGGGACAGGCAGACAGAGACGGAGGAGAGCUUACAGAAGCGGCUGGAGGCAGCACGCAUUGACAUGGAGCUCAGUAAGUACUUCAUCAGUUCUUGUAGGACAUGAUACUGAAAUGCACAGAACUGCAGCUGAUCUGCUUCUCUUUUUAAAAAGGCAAGGAACCAGGAGUGUUCGAUGUUGUAAUUAUUAAUGACGACCUAGAGAGGGCCUACGAGGAGCUGAAAGAAAUCCUCAAUGAAGUGAGUGACCACCUGAAAAAUCCCUCCGUUUAUAUUCUUUAAGUUUUGGCAGAGAUACAUUUCCCUCAUCUGUCUUUUUUCUUUUUUGUGUAUAGGAAAUCAAAAAAGUCCAAGAGGCCCAGUCUUAAGAAGGAUGCAUGCAGAGAUAUGAUCUUUCUGCUGCUGGAAAGAAGAAGCAACACUUUUGACUCUGGUCUGAGUUAAAUCUAGUGAACAACUUUGUUUCUUUUCUUUUUUUACCCUAACAUGAUCAGAGUAUUUCUCAGGGCGGUUUCACACUCAGCGAGAAAAAAAAGGGACUGUAAGGAGAAACAUUUUUGCUUUUAACCAAAAAGGGAGGUUGGGUUGUGUUAGAUCUAGUCGGGACAAUGGUCAAUAUCCAGAUAUCAAAAUCACGACCCAGCAGGUUCAUUAACCAUCUGAAAGAAAAAUAUUUGAUACAGCUGUUCAAAUGCAGUUCAAAGUUUUUCAUGUUUUUUUUUAACAAGUGAGAAGUUUGUCGAGUCAGUUUCUAGCUCCAACACUGGAAAUAGUUUGUUUUUUUGCAUUUAGUUGUUUUGAUGAGUUUUAAAACAGUAGAAAUAAUUUCAAUCAUAGUAAAGAGUUUUUAAAACCUCCUGUGAUGUAUCUGUAUGACUAAUAUUAUGUUGGUAAUAUGAUGACCUUCAUGAAAAUUUCAGUCUGUUAAUCUGUCUUCAUAAAAUAUAACUGAAUAAUCUGAAUGUGUGUUUUGGUGUUUGAAUACAAAUAAGUGUGAAUAAAGGAUGUCAAAAAUGUCCA